AUGCCCUACCAGGCGUUGGCUUGUCGUACUCUGGCCGACAACGCCUCCGGCAUGCCUCUAACCUUUUCCUCUCCCUAUGAGGUUUUCUACAAUGCUGCCGACGUGAAGCAGGUCGAUGUGCCCUCGUUCAGCGGAAGCUUCGGUAUUCUGCCAAAGCAUGUUCCCCUUCUGGCCGUACUCAAGCCGGGAGUCGUCACCGUGUACGAGAACGAAGGCGCUGCCAAGAAGUUCUUCGUGAGCAGCGGCACCGUCACCAUUAACGAUGAUUCGUCAGUGCAAGUCCUGGCCGAAGAGGCCGUUCCACUAGAUAGCUUGGACGCUCAAGCCGCACGCGAGGCCCUGUCAAAGGCACAGCAGCAGCUGUCUUCGGCAACCGAUGAAGUGAGCAAAGCUGAAGCCCAAAUUGCAGUAGAAGUCAGCGAGGCCAUCGUUGCUGCUGCUAACUAA